AGUUGUUGAAUGGGGGGGAAGGCGACGUUACGGUGUUUUGCUUCGAGCGAGGACACGCGCGGCCACCGCCGCGGAUGCGCUGCAUGCUCGCAUUUGCUGCUGGAUUACUUGCCCUGAGAGUUGCGGACUGCAGCUUUGCAAAAAGACAAAAAAAAAAAAAGACAAAAAAACAAACAAAUAAAUGGAAUAAUGGCUCAACUUUUCAAAUGGACUCCCGUUGGAUAGGACCUGCGAUGAGUGAAGAGGAGCUGAGAAGCUCCCCCGCUGCUUUUAGAGAGUGAGUAGGAUUAGGCUGGAGCUCAGUGGAGGCACCACGGCACUCUCACUUUGGCAACCGGAGCCAUGAGCGGGGCGCUUACGGAACACAUCAGCAGUAGCUUCCGAGAAGAUGCUCCUCGUCCUCCGGUACCGGGAGAGGAGGGAGCGUCGUCAUGCUACAUACCCAGCCGGUCUGGAAAAAUGAAAGCCCUUAACAAGGUUAAAGAUACCCCCGCUGCCGCCGCGCUCCCCGGCUGCACUCCAAGGAGGAACGAGGAUGGACUCGGGGAGCCGGAGGGAAGUGCGUCCCCAGACUCGCCACUGAUCCGAUGGACAAAGUCUUUGCAUUUUCUUCUUGGCGAUCAAGACGGUGCUCACCUAUUUAGAACCUUUUUGGAGCAGGACAAUUGCGUGGACACCUUGGACUUCUGGUUCGCAUGCAACGGCUUCAGGCAAAUGGACUUAAAGGAUACCAAAACACUGCGAGUAGCCAAAGUUAUUUUCAAACGGUACAUCGAGAACAACAGCAUCGUUGCCAAGCAGCUCAAACCCGCCACCAAGACCUUCAUAAAGGAUAGUAUUAAAAAGCAACAGAUAGACUCUGCCAUGUUUGACCAGGCACAGACAGAGAUCCAGUCCAACAUGGAAGAGAACGCUUACCAGAUGUUUUUGACCUCUGACAUAUACCGCGAAUAUGUGCGCACUGGCUGUGAGAACGCAGCUUACGCGAAUCACGGCACGCUCGGCAGCCUCAAGCUAAUGUGUGGAUACCUUCCACCUCUUAUGGAGGAAGAGGAGUGGAGCUGUCAUGACCUGAAGGCAAAGGCGUUAGGUUCUGUGGUCGGACUUUCUGCUAAAUCCCUGAGGGCGACUGCUACCAGCCGGACAACAGCUGAAAUUCUGGAGAACAGUUGCAGGGCACACCGGCGAGGAGACAAUGCCAGCCCGUAUUUCGUCAACUCUGGGUACAUCUUGGCUCCUGCCACCAGUGCCAAUGACAGUGAGAUCUCCAGUGAUGCUACGACUGAUGAUUCGAUGUCGAUGACAGACAGUAGUGUAGAUGGAAUCCCUCCUUAUAAGCUGGCCCCCAAGAAGCAUCUCCAGCGAGAGAUGAAUCGCAGUGUCAAGAUCAAUGGCCAGGUUACACUUCCCCACUUUCCAAGGACACAUCGUCUGCCUAAAGAGAUGACCCCUGUUGAGCCUGCAUCAUUUGCUGCCCAACUCAUAACGCGGCUUGAGAAACUGAAGCGAGAGCAAGAAACCAUGAGCUCUUUGGCGGAGAGGCUACAGCAGAUCCAAGAGGAGGAGGAAAAAGAGGAAAGCACAGAUCUCUCCAGCAACAUUACCCUCCAUCACCCUCUUCUUCCAUCUGGUAACCAAUGUGAGGAGGACCCCCAAGCUAUCCUCGAUGAUCAUCUAUCACGGGUCCUGAAGACACCCGGCUGCCAGUCACCCGGUGUGCUUCGGCAGUCACCGCGCUCACACUCCCCAGAACGGACAGGUGCCUUGGUAUCCUCAGGCCAUGGGUCCUUCUUCGGUGCUUAUCCUGGUGCUGCUCUGAUGUCUGGCCGGCAGUCCACAAAACACACCCAUCACCACUAUAUCCACCAUCAUCAUGCUGGGCCUAAGACGAAGGAGCAGAUUGAGGUUGAGGCAGCUCAGCGUGUACAGUGCCUCUGCCCUUCAGGAGGCGCCAAUUACUCAGACUUUACCCCUAUUCGCUGCAGCACUUUGUCAAGACGGCAAGUCAGAUCCUCCAAUGAGGGUUUGUCGUCAACAUGCCUUCCGCUUGAUACCACUGACCGGUCUCAAAAUGUUUGGCAGUGGAUUCUGGAGAGUGAGAGACAGGGCAAACACAAGCCUCACGGUUACCCCGGCCUUAAGAAACCCAACCCCCUUGAUUUCAAGACCCUGCCUGCUCGAACUCACUCAUUAUGGGGUGGGGGUGGCAUUGGUUCUGGGGCUAACCUUCGUGGGCACCACCCUGGGCAUCCAUUUAUACAGGACCCAGCUAUGCCGCCGCUGCCCCCACCAAACACUCUAGCGCAGCUUGAAGAGGCCUGCCGUAGACUGGAGGAGGUCUCCAAGCCACCAAAACCGAGGCAUUCAACAGCGGCCGUCGGCCUCAGAGAUCAGAGCCAUCCAGCCACAGCCUUCCCUGCCGGAGGAAGCUCUCUUGCCAGUCUUGGACUACAAACGGACGAGUCAAAUGAACUAAUGGUCACCUACUUCUUCUGUGGUGAGGAGAUUCCUUACCGGAGUGUGAUGAAGAUCCACUGCCUCACCUUGGGACACUUUAAAGAACAGCUUAGCAAGAAAGGCAACUACCGGUACUACUUUAAGAAGGCCAGCGAUGAGUUUGAGUGCGGUGCCGUGUUCGAGGAGGUGUGGGAGGAUGCCACGGUUUUGCCCAUGUACGAUGGCAAGGUGCUGGGUAAGGUGGAGAGGAUGGACUAGAAACACUAGUAACAUCCUUUACACCAAAAGCUAGUCCCGGAAACUUGAGGAAAAGUCUGUAAUGAACUUGAUUUCUAGAAAUGAUUAAUACUAAGCUAAAAAAAAAAAAAAAAAGAGUUAAUAUAUCCAGCACAAG